UUCUCUACUUCCCUCACUGUUUGGUUGUGAGCUCGUUGUUGCUGUUGAUUGAAUCGGGAUUUAAAUAAAACGUGGAAAAGAGCGUGCGUGAACGCGCGCGCGGCCUCGUUCGCUCGGUCCCCCCUCCGCAGGUUAUUUCUGGUUGAAGCGGGGUUGAUCUUUGAACCUCAUCCACCUCAGGGAGCAGGGGACUCAUCCUACCGAGCUGCUCAAACCGCACGAGGAGCGAAAUAAAGUCAUCACGAGAGAGGGAGUGGGGUGGGGGACCUCAGCAGAACUCGAUGGCUCAAACAACUCCACGGACGUCGUGAUUUUUACCGGGCUGAUUUAAAUGCUCUCGCGGCGGCUGUUGUAGUGGGUUUUAAACUGCACUCCAGAAAAACAAACAAACAAAAAGUCGAGAUGUGUGAUGUGAAAUGGCUCGCCGCGUGCGCCCUGGCGCUGACUGCGGUCACCCACGGCGUUGAGGUGUCUGGGCGGAACGGACAGGAAUUUCUGGAGAAUAUUUUACACUUUUACGGUGAGAAUGAAUCAAUUACGACAGCGAAGCUUGAAGACAUGCUGCUGUUGAUCUCAGCCAGGAGAUCUGAGUCAAUAAGUGAAGGAAAUCCGCUGGAAAGCAAAGAGUGUCCCUCAGCGGAGCAGAUUUUGUCCCACUUUGGCUUCAGUAACGUCACUGAGCUGACCGUGGGACACCUGGGGCGGAUCUGUCCCGCCGUGUUGACCCAGGUGCUGCUGCCCUCCUGCCCCUAUGUCAACCCGAUAACGGUGCCCUCCGUCGACUACUCUGUGUGGGGUUAUGGAUUUCUGGCUGUUACCAUCAUCAACCUGGCGUCCCUUCUCGGUCUGGUGCUGAUCCCCUUCACCAAGAAGCCUUAUUUCCCUCAAGUGUUGACUUACUUUAUAGGCCUCGCCAUCGGGACUCUCUUUUCCAAUGCUGUGCUGCAGCUCAUACCAGAGGCUCUGGGCUUCGAUCCUAAAGCAGACGACUACGUGGGAAAGGCAGUUGGCAUAUUUGGAGGAUUUUACCUUUUAUAUAUUGUGGAAAAAAUACUGAAGAUGUUUCUCGGGAUUGGCCUCGAGCACGGCCACAGCCACUUCACUCCCGCCGACCCGCCUCAGGAAAACAGCGUCCAGAACGGAGACGCUCGGGUGAAAAGCGACUCUGUGGUUUUGACCAACAUCGCCACCGUUUCUACGGAUAAGAGCAGUCCGGCGGUCGAGCCCCAACAGGACGCCCCGGUGUCGGAAGUGACGUGUCACUGGCUGCGCGGGAAGCGCAUCACCAGCAUCAAGACGGUGGCCUGGAUGAUAUCUCUGAGCGACGCCGUGCACAACUUCAUCGACGGCCUGGUCAUCGGCGCGUCGUUCACCGUGUCCGUUCUGACGGGGUUCAGCACGUCCACCGCCAUCGUUUGUGAGGAGUUUCCCCAUGAGCUGGGCGACUUUGUUAUCCUACUGAAUGCUGGAAUGAGCGUCCCGCAGGCCGUUUUCUUCAACCUGCUGUCGGCAAUGUCCUGUUAUGUCGGCCUCGUGUUCGGCAUCCUGCUUGGAAACAGUUUUGCCCCGAAUCCUAUCUUUGCCAUCGCGGGAGGAAUGUUCCUGUAUAUUGCACUAGCAGACAUGUUUCCAGAAAUGGACAGUAUAGCAAAGGAACAACAGAGAACGUCGAGCAAGAUCGUCUUCUUUCUGAUCCAGAACGCCGGGCUGCUCACCGGCUUCGCCAUCAUUCUGCUGAUCACCAUGUUUGCUGGGAACAUAAACCUGGGAUAGGAGAGGAAAACAGAAAUCCUCACACGGUGCCUUUGUUUUGUUUUUGUUUUGUUUCUGCUCACACACAGUUUGGAGUGAGUGUGAGCGUAAAGAGAAUGUCUGUACAAACUAAACCAAGUGUUGAGUGGUUCAAAACUGAGCUUUUAUACCGUUUUUUUUUUUUGUUUAUCAAUCAAUCUAGUGAAAUGUUUUCUCAAUAAGAAGGGAACUUUUAUACAAUCAACAUGUAAAAAAUAAAAUCAAAUCAAAAACAAAUAUCUUAAAAAACCCCAAUAAAUUAUUUUUAGUCUUCAAAUGUGAAAUGGUUUCCAUUUACCUAAUGUGUGUUGUGUACAAUGUAAUAAAAACUGAUGAUUUUUA